AAUAACUUAAGGAAAGUAUAAUUUUUUCAAUACUUUGAAUGAUAUUAUGCCAAAACUUGAACUGCAUAAAAUGUUCUAUCAAUUCUGACCCGUAGAAUACUUUCACAACAAUCUAUUUGACCAGCUGGUGUAACGAAAACCCCCUAAAUAAGUCAAAUAAAGAUUAUAGACAAUGCCUAAGAAAUUUAAGGGUGAAAACAGCAAAGCAGUUGUUGCUAAAGCACGCAAAGCAGAAGCAGCAGCAGAAGAAAAGGCAAGGAAAGACAAAGCCAUUGAAGAUGCCUACUGGGAAGAUAAUGAUAAACAUAUUCAGAAAAAACAGGCCAGAAAAGAUGAACGUGAGAAGAAACGCCAGGCUGACUUGGAAAAGAAAGCAGAACUACGAGCCUUAGCCCAAAAUGAAGAGGAAUCAUCUACUCCCAAAGUGGCACCUACACCCCAAAAGUUAACACAGUUCCAACUUCAGAAGAACAUUGAACAGAGAGAGGUUGAAAGGAAACGUGAAGAGGAGAAGGAACUCAAUCAGUCAGUUACAGAUAUGCCAUUGGUUGAGAAUCUCAAUAGAUUGGAUGAUGAAGUCAUUUCAGCCAGUGGCAUUGAUGCUGCUGUAGCUGCUUUGAGUGUGGUUGAUGACACAGCUGAGCUUCACCCAGAGAAAAAAAUGGCAGCAGCAUUUAAAGCAUUUGAAGAAAAACGACUACCACAAAUUAAAAAGGAGAAUCCUACUUUACGUCUGUCUCAACAAAAACAAAUGCUCAGAAAGGAGUGGCAGAAAAGUCCUGAAAACCCAUUGAAUAAAAGAGCCUAGAAUGUACACCUGCAAUAUUUCAGUGUUGAGUUAUUUGCGUUUGUUUAAGGCCUAUGCUAUUAUAAUACACACCGAAUGUGAAUUAUCAUCUACCAUGCUUUAGUUGAAACUGGGACAGUUUUGCUGUAUACUUUUGUCUGAUGAAAUGCAGUGUUUAUAACAUUCACAAAAGGAAUGAAUUCAUGUUGGUUAGUAGUUGAAUGUAAACUUACAGUACAGUAUCUUAUUUACUGUAUUACAGUGGCUACAUUGAAGUGUGCUGGGAUCUUUUUUUUUUUUUUUUUUUUUUUUUUUGCAAUAGCUGUACUGACAUGAAGGUUGGUUUGUCUUUCCAUCAAAGGUUGAACCGACAAGAAAUUUUUCUCAAAACAAGCAAGAAAGUAUUGUUUCUCAAUAUCCUGUUGUAGUCCAGAUGAGCCAAUGAGUAUUACUGAUUUUCAGUUAGCAGGUAACAUUUCUAAGCAGCUAACACUUGUAACAUUUGUCUUUCAUUAUGUUGUUCAUAUUAAAAGAAUAGGUUACAAUUUAUGCAGUAGUUAUCUAUACCUUAAUUUUUUAAUAAAUACUACCUUUAGUGUCACUUCUGGCUCAUUGAUCUAAAAUUUAGUUUUAACAUGUCUUGGAGUCAAAAUUGUGCAAAAUUCACUGAGGCAGAAUCAAUUCAAUUUUCUACCGACUUGUUUUUAACUUUUAUAGUACACUGUGAUACAUUGGGAAUUAACUUACAAUUUACCGUUGACAGUAGUGCUUUUUUUACAGUAUUUGAAUAUUACUUUGAAAUUAUGUACUAUUCAGUACAUUAUAUGCAGCUUGCAAGAUGGGUGGCCUUUGGCCCAUAUACAGACUAAUGAUUUUAUAUUUUAUAAAUAAUUUCAUCACAAUAGAAUAUCCACUUUCUGUUUGUCUAUAAAUUUUAUGGGAGAAUACGAAGCCUUUUAUAAUUUUCUCAUAUCUCACAUCUUAAACCUCAACUUUUGAGCAAUGCUUCUACAGUUUUGGUCAUGAAUUUGUUUAUUUUUUCACAAUGUACAAUUGACAAAAGGGUAUUUAUAUACAAAAGCUAAAUUGAAAAGUACUAUUUGAUAUAUCAUAUGCAUUUUUGCAAGGUAAGUGCAUCUUUAGGUCAAAUACUGAUGCAUGAUUUUUGACAAGUUAAUAUUGUUAACAUAAAUAGAACACCAAUUUUCAAUGUUAUUUAUAGUUUGCUUUGACUCAAAUCUGUUAGAAAUUUUAUGGGAGAAAUAUGAAACUUUUAAUAAUUUUUUCUUUUGCUUCUAGUAUUAUGAAUUUCAACAAUAAGAACUUUUGAAAACAUUAUUGUGAAAUGCCUGUAUAACUUUGGCUAUGAAUAUAAAAGUUAAAAAUG